UGUAUUUUUUCAAAUAAAAAGCUUACAUGUAGUAAAAAACAUAAUGGCACAUGAUGUUGAGACUAUAGACUUAUCUCCCCUGAACAGCUGGAAUAAAUUUCUUGAAGGAAAAUGGCAGGUUUGAAUGAAGAGUUGAAGUCGUUGUUUUUGUUGAAAGGAUGGAAGUUGUACCAUCUGAAACAGAUGAACUGUGUCUUGUUCACUUGUGGCCUCUCACAUCACACUUUUUUUUUCAGCAAACUACUCCGCCUUUGCUUACUUCUUCCUUCAUUCCCAUCUUCUUAUGCUUCUUCUCUCUUCAAUCACAUCACAAAACCCGCUAUACAUACAUGGAACAUCAUGUUCAAAGGAUUUUCUAAUAAUACUUCACACCCUCAAAACUCCUCCAUUAGUUUAUACAUUCAAAUGCGCCAACAUGGGGUUUUUCCUAAUAAACAUACUUUUCCAUUGCUUCUUAGAGCCAAGAAUGAAAACCCACAUCUCAUUUUCCCACAAAUUUUAAAGUUCGGAUACAUUUCUGACCAAUUUGUGCAGAAUUCUUUGGUUUCUUGUUUUGCCAGCAGUGGGUAUGUCGACCUUGCACGCCAAGUGUUUGAUGAUAUUACGCAUAAGGAUGUGCUUUCUUAUACUGCUUUGAUUGAUGGGUAUGCCCGGAAUGCUCUGCCAGUUAGAGCUUUGAAACUUUUCCUGGAGAUGAGACAAGCACAAGUUAAGGUGGAUGAAGUGGCUGUUGUAGCAGCUCUUUCUCCUGCUGGAACGUUAAGAUGUGUUUGGUUUGGCAAGUGUCUUCAUGCUUUCUAUAUCGAGCCAGGGAGGGUUUCUAGGGAUGUUUACAUUGGUAGUGCUCUUGUUGAUAUGUAUUCUAAAUGUGGAUUUUGGGAUGAUGCCAUGAAAGUUUUUGAAGACAUGCCUUACAAGAAUCUUAUUUCUUGGACUGCUAUGAUUGCUGGCUCUCUACACUGCAAUAGAUGUAGGGAAGCACUCUCUGUUUUCGAAGAGAUGCUGUCCAGAAAGGUUGUGCCCAAUCAAGUAACAUUGACAAGCGUCCUCAGUGCAUCUACUAAGCUUGGGGCAUUGGAGCAGGGCAGAUGGAUUGCUAAUUAUAUAAAAGCUCACAACGUAAAAUUUAAUACAGCACUUGCCACUGCUUUGAUAGAUAUGUAUGCAAAGUGUGGGUGCAUUGAAGAGGCACUGUUGGUUUUCGACAAUCUUCCAAAUAAAGAUGUUUAUCUAUGGACUGCUAUGAUAAAUGGCCUGGCAACACAUGGUGAUGCUGCAAAGUCCAUGACCUUCUUCUUAGAAAUGUUGAGACAUGGUAUAAGGCCCAAUGAAGUAACCUUCAUUGGUAUUCUCAGUGCGUGUUCUCAUGGAGGACUCGUGGAUGAAGGACGCCAGUUGUUCUCAUUAAUGGACCAAGUUUACGGUUUAAAACCUAAUUUAGAUCAUUAUGGCUGUAUGGUCGAUCUGCUGGGUCGGGCAGGAUAUCUGGAAGAAGCUUGUAAAUUGAUUCAAGACAUGCCAAUGAAACCUACUCCUAGCAUAUGGGGUGCUCUCUUUGGUUCUUGCAUGAUUCACAAGGCGUAUGAAUUAGGUGAAUGGAUAGGAAGAUAUCUAAUCGAUAUACAGCCUUAUCACAGUGGCAGAUAUACACUCUUGGCGAAUUUGUAUUCUACUUGUAAAAAUUGGGAAGGGGUAGCUCAUGUUAGGAAAAUGAUGAAAGAGAUGGGUGUGGAAAAGACUCGGGGGUGUAGUUGGAUCGAAUUGAACGGGGAAGUGCAUGAGUUUAUUGCCUUUGAUGGUUCACAUGCUAAGUCUGAACAUAUUUACACCAUUUUAGAUAACCUAGUCAGUCAUCUACAACACAUUACCAUUUCUCCGUGUGCUGAUUCAUUACUUCUUGAGAGUAAUGGAACAAUGCAACAUUGUUGAUGAAACAAUGGUUAUCUAACCAUAUAUAUCAUACAAUCACUACUGUACAUUGUUGCAAUGAUCACUGAACAAUAGCUUGGGAGCCAGAUCAAUAUUUGUAGAAAUGGAAUAUUUUUUAUCCAACAUU